AUGACGGCAGAGGCCACAUUUUUUCCGUUCGAUCGAGUCGUCUUAACCUUUCCAGACCAGCGUGCGGCAGACGCUGCUGCAAGUAGUACACUACCACAAUUCGUUCGCGAGUCAUACCGGAAUGUCACGCUAGUCACCGCCUGCGAUCCACUCGGAACGAGGGUUGGCAGUGGUGGAGGGACCUUGAAUGCCCUGGACGUUGUCUUCUCCGCGUCUCGGGAUUCCGAUGCGCAUACCAACCUCGUCGAUGAUGAAGCGUGCUCCAUUUUAGUCAUUCAUGCUGGUGGCGAGUCUAGUCGCUGUCCGACUCAGAUGAUUCUGGGUAAAGCGUGGACGUCGCUACCGACGAUGAGUUCCGUGGGCAGCCCAGGUGUCGCGACGUGCCGCUUGCAGACCCCCGUUCACGUUUGGUUACGGAUCUGUGAACGUUUAUUUCGGGGAAUUCCCAACGGGUCAAUUGUCGUACUCGCCGCCGAUACCCUGCUACGGCUUCCCGACUCGAAAUUUGCGAUUGACUGGGAGGCCCAUGCGGAUACCGUUUUUGGGUUGGCGGUGCCGGCACCAUUGGCUACCGCCAGCAAUCACGGAGUCUUUGUCUUGCCACCAAUGCGAACAAAUGCCGUCCCUGGCGCCUCCGACCAAUCUUCGGAACCCGUGAUCCAGGUGGAACCCUGCCACGAUGUCUUGCAAAAACCUUCGCAAUCAACUUUGCAAGCUCAUUGUCAAUUUAAACAAAAUGGCCAAGCCUGUGCUUGGAUCGACACCGGUGUAAUUGUCUUUCUACCGACGACCGCUACGAUACUGCGUCGAUUGGCCUUUGACGAUGAAUUGCUAUCCCGAUGCACCGCGAGUACCCUGCAAUCCAUGCAGAACCGGCAUUUGGCUGACGGUGAUUCGCCAGAAUCGGCCCUUAUCAAGGCACAAGACGCAUCCUUCAGAUUUGACCUGUACACAGAUUUGCUACAGGCCUUGCCCAUGGUGGCGUCCAUGGACGAUCGUUUAGAUAACGGCAAAGUUACGCAAGGACCGUCGUACGCCGUACUCAGAGAAUCUUUUCGCUCAUGCCGACUUUCGGUAAUGACAAUACCCUCCGGCCGGUUCCUGCAUUUGGGAACCACGCGGGAAUUACUGGAUUUUUACACUCAUGGUUGCCACUCGAAUACGGAACCAUUGACUGCCAGUAUGUCGCCUCCGCAGGCAUUGUGUCGUGAGUUCGGCACAUCUUUGGCUUUGACCAGACGGCUGGAAGCAUUCACUUUGGUUGGACCCUACGGGCAGAUCGAUCCUUCCGCAAUCAUCAUGCACAGCUCUAUCCAAGACAGCUUGUCGAUGGAAUCGGUGGGGAGCCUUCCAAUGGUGAUACCCGACAAUACCAUUGUGCAGCAAGUCCGCCGUGUCCCUCAAGACGAAGCGGAUACCUGUGCCUGUACUCUGGUGGUCCUAGGAGUAGAUGACAAAAUUAAAAGCCUAGACGGACUGUACGGGCGACCCCUGCAAGACUUCAUGUCCUGGGCAGGUCUUUCGGAAAGUGAUUUGUGGGAUGAAGAAGCUGACCACAAAAUGGUUUGGAACGCCCGGCUUCAUCCUAGUAUAAAACCAGGCGACUCCUACGCAGAUCUAUUUUCUUGGCUACAGUUGUUCCUGGACGAAGAGCCAUUUUCCGAAUCUGCCAUGCGUCUUUGGAAGCAGCAACACCGUUAUUCGCUAGCUGAGAUACGCAACAAGGCCGAUGCCAAAGGAGAAUUUGAAUUUCGACGAGCACUCGUUGAGGAGACAAUACCUCAACAGCGAGCUUGUUUCUUAGAUCAAGUCCAGCAAACGCUUCAUGGCAGAAAACAUGAUUGUCUGGACUUUCAAUUUGCUGUGGAUUCUUUCCAAAUCGCUCGCAACUCAUACGAGCUCGAAGUCGUUUUCCAAGGUCUCGACACUGUACUGCGCGACUCUUUGCGGGAGAGGCACUUUGAUAUUGUCGCCCGUACCGCAAAUACUUUUUCGACCUUGCUCUCGAACCUGAUCAUCAGUAACGACACGCCCGUUGACAAUGAAUUACUGGGGCUACUGCUAGACUUCGAGGUGCACGUGGCGCGAGAGGACAACGUCAAGGCGACUCAAAUCGUCGAUGAGCUCUUGAAAAAGCGUGAUGAUAUAUUGAAACAUAAUAGCGUUUGUGGCGGUUAUACGAUGGUAAUGGAUCGUAUUGCCCAAAUCAUGACCCAGGCGUGCGUCUGUCACAGGAGAUAUUUGGAGAACGUACUUUUGCAGCCCCGACAACCUCCCAUUUUUGACCGAUGGGCUACGGCGACGGCUCCGGCUCGAGUGGAUCUGGCCGGAGGUUGGAGCGACACACCACCUAUUUGCGUCGAAAAUGGAGGUUCCGUCACGGGCAUUGCCGUAGUCGUCAACGGGCAAUUGCCUCUUUCGUGUCAGGCCCGUGUUGUUCGUGGGGGACAAGGGAUAUUGCUAAUGGCGGAGAGUCGCGAUACAAGCAAUGUGCUACUCUCAACUGUUCAAUGUGAAGCCCAAACAAUUGCUGAUCUUCAAAGCUACCAGGACCCGACGUCCGACUGUGCGCUUCUCAAGUGUCAUGUUGUCGGUAUCCGUUUCGAAACAACUACACUCGUUGAUGCCGUGCUUGUUUUGGAGCAGCGUCUGACUACCGGUGGCGGCUUUCAAGACCAGGUAAACGGCCUCUUUGGUGGCGCCAAGCAAGUGACAUGCCCACCUGCAAUUCCGCUCGCUCUUUCCGUUCAGCCUAUCCCGCUGUCGGACGCCAUGCGCGUAAAGUUGAAUCAACGUCUGAUUCUCGUCUUUACCGGAAAAACUCGACUGGCCAAGAACAUUUUACAAACGGUCUUGCGACGAUGGGCUCUGCGAACCCCAGAAAUUUACAGCAAUUCCCAAGCGUUGGUUGAGACGUCCAACCAGGCCCGUGAGGCCUUGCAGUCGGAAGACGAAGUCGCACUUGGUCGUUGCCUUUCUGAAUACUGGGAGCAAAAGAAAAUCAUGGCUGGUCCGGAUAGCGGUGUGGAGCCUUUGGUUGUGGACGAGAUAUUGCGUAUCUUACGAUCCAAACACGCGAUCGAUGGCGGGUCCUUGUGUGGUGCGGGAGGAGGAGGAUUUUUGAUUCUUCUAGCUGCGCAUGGUUGGGACAAGCACGGUUUGGAAGCACUUUUACAGGAUGCGGACCAGCCCGGCGUGACAUUCAAUGAUCUGCAAUGGUAUGAUUGCCAUAUUUGCGAGAACGGCAUUCAAACAACAGUAUCCGAUUCGUAG